AUGAAGUCCACUCUCGUCCUCCUUGCUGCCGCUGGUGCCGUCUCUGCCCAGACCACUCGGGCCCCCACGACCUCGCUCGACAUCGACAUCCCCUUCCCCACAAACGACGCCCAGCUCUCAAGCUGGCUCAACAGCGUUUUCCCUACCUCGGACAUCGUCAUCCCCACCAACAGCGCUGAGCUCUCAAGCUGGCUCGGCAGCCUGAGCCUCCUCCCUACCUCGGAAGGUUCCUCGAGCGGCUCUGCCUCCACCUCCUCCGGCUCUGCCUCCAGGUCCUCCACCGGCUCCGUCUCCGUCACGAGCUCUGGUUCCUCCUCCAGCGCCACCGACACCACCCUUACCAGGUCCACCUCCGGCGACGCCACCGGCACUGCUUCCUCCACAUCCGAUUCUUCUUCUUCCUCUUCUGCUUCUUCCACUAGCUCCUCCGCUUCCGCCACUAGCACCGACGACGGUAGCGGUGUCGCUAGGCCCAUGAUCGGGGUUGGUGUCGCCCUGCUCGCCGCCGCCCUGGCCCUCUAA